UAAACAGUGGCUUAUACGUCCACGCAGGUUCCACUUGACAGAAAAAUGCAAACAUAAAAUGGUGGAUGUGAUAGCUUCUUUGGUCCACAUUUCCGGCUAAAAGAACUAUUCAAGAGAAAGAAGCCAAGCCAGCGAAGGCAAUCGAAAAAUAUUUCAACCAUCCCUUUUCUUUUCUUUUCUCUUCAAUCUGGUGGGUGGUGGAUAGAUGGGGAGGUUAUUUGUGGUGAAUCUUGAAGGGAGGGUUUAUAGCUGCAAGCACUGCAAAACCCAUCUUGCUCUUUAUGAGGAUAUUAUCUCCAAGUCCUUCCAAUGCAGGCAUGGGAAAGCAUAUCUCUUCAGUAAGGUAGUGAAUGUUUCUGCCGGUGAGAUGGAAGAUAGAUUGAUGACGACGGGGUUGCACACUGUGGCUGACAUCUUCUGUGUUGCAUGUGGAUCAAUUGUGGGGUGGAAAUAUGAAACUGCCCAUGACAAGAACCAGAAGUACAAGGAAGGAAAAUCUGUUCUCGAACGGUUCAAGGUGUCUGGUCCUGAUGGAAGCAAUUAUUGGGUCAGCCAUGAAACACAUGUUGGUGGGAGUGAUACAGAUGAUGUUUGAUUAACAAUGAAUUCUGGUCAAAUUCCAAUUGUACAUUCUUUAACCCCUUUAUUAUCAUUCAGCUCAUGUUGAAUACUUAAAACCGCAGAUUCCUUAUUAAAGCAGCAGACCAACUUGCUGUGAAUAACAUGAUUGCUUGGAAACAGUGAAUUGUUGGUUCUGAUGGACCCAACGUCCAAACCUGACUGAAUGUUGUGUCGCAAAUUAAAGUUUCAGAU